AUGUUACCCAGUAAACCACCAAAUGAAGUAGCGUCAUACCGACCUAUAAGUCUUUUGCUUAUAAUAGAGAAAAUGUUACUGAAAAGAAUGAAAGCACACCUAAGCGACAUCACCCCAAAUCACCAAUUUGGAUUCCGGGAGAACCACGGAACUAUCGAGCAAGUUCACCGCAUCGUUGACGCAGAUCGCUGGAAGACAAGAAAUAUUGCUCAGCCGUCUUUUUGGACAUUAGCCAGGCAUUUGACAAGGUUUGGCAUGAGGGCCUUAUUAUAUAAAGGCAAAAAGAUGCUACCACACUCGUUUUACCAUAUAAUAAAGUCUUAUCUCAGCAAGCGAUGUUUUGAAGUAAAGUUCAAUGACGAACUUUCCGACUUGCAUGUAGUAAUCAACGCAUGUGACCUUUACUCUCACACGGGACACGUGUCCACCGGUUACACUUAA